AUGUCGGACCACGUUGAUUACAAAGCACUUUUUUUGAGGGAGGAGGAAAAAAGAAGACGGGCAGAGGAACGCGAGAGACAGGCAGUGGAGGAAAAGCGACAGGCCGAGGAACGCGAGAGACAGGCAGUGGAGGAAAAGCGACAGGCCGAGGAACGCGAGAGACAGGCAGAGGAACGCGAGAGACAUGAACAAGAGCGGAACCAACAAACCACCUUUAAAGAAUUUGUCCAGAACUGUCAUCAUCUGCUCUCAGGUUCAUUGAGUGUUGGAGACACUCGCGACUCUACAAAAGGCAAAAUACCAAUCCCAACUGGAAAAUAUUGCCCACUAUAUCUGAAAAAAUGGACUGAUUGCUCCAGCAUCCUGCAAGACAUCUACAACUCUGUCUGCCACUACCUCCAGCCGAAUCACAGUGAUGCACCACGACUGUUCACACCUAUUUCUGACUUAACCCGACUUGCCCAGCGUCUUGAAACACCCAUCUGCAGUGAAAAAGACCUUGAAUACUACGAGCGGCUGGCUGUUGCGGACCAUGUACAUAUGAUCAUUUCCGAGCUCUGCAAGAUCCCUCAGGCUAGGGAUGAAUUCCAGCUUAGGGAUGGGGUACGGUUUGAUAACCAGGCUCACAAUCUUGAUGAGGAGGACACGACGCAACCCGGUCCAACACGUUGCUCUCCCGACCAGUACUGUAUUCGCCGAGUUGAGGGAAGCACACAGGCCUUGAUCACCACUGUUGAAUACAAGCCGCCGCACAAGCUACCUUAUGAAGUUCUUAAACUGGCGCUCAAUCCGGAUCCGGCUGACGACUGUCACAUUGACUUCUAUGAUGACAUUGUCAAGUCAAAUUCAACCCCUGUUCAAGACCCAGAGAAAUCUAGAUUCAAAGCCAUGCGGCUUGUUGGCUCGGCGAUUGUGCAGGAGUUUCAUGUGAUGAUACAGGAAGGGCUGGAGUAUUCGUAUUUGACUACAGGACUAGGGCUUGUUCAACUAUGGAUCCCCUCUGAUGACCCAAGGACCCUGUAUUAUGAUCUCAGCAAACCCAGCCUGAGUCCCGGAGGAUCAACAGGACCGGAGACCGAAAUUGAAAAGGUGUUGUGCCUUUGCCUAGUGAGUUGUCGUUCUCAGAUUCGCAACCAUACUUGGCGGAACAAUGCACGGAAUCUGCUGCCAACUUGGGAGACCAGUUUCAGCCGCGCACGAUCCCAGAUUUCCCUUGGUGAAGUACCUCAGAACCCUCUGGAUCCAGACUAUACUAGCUUUGAAACUGAUGAAAAGAGUGCCUCUGAAUUCCAGCCAUCAUCCUCCCCUGCUCCCGCCACCCCCAAUCAAGAGAUACGCAGACGGUCCCGGUCUGGCUGUGCCCCACCCAGUGUCUUUGGCCGUGGAUCACCAGAUGAUACAGAUCCAAACCUGGGUCCCACCACGCGAAAACGGGGCUUCAGCCAGGUCACAUCUUCCCCUCCAACCCAGCAGUCAACAUCAGAUUCUAGAACAAACCAAACAAGUAGCCAUGGAGGCCAGACUCGUCCUCAUAUCAAUAGAUUUUGCACGCAGCAGUGUCUCUUGGGUCUGCAGCAGGGUGGUAUUCUUGACAGUCACUGCCCCAAUGUGGCAAUCCACCAUGCUGGGAAAGAUGAUAACAGACACCAAAUCAGUGCACAAGCAUUGGUGCUGAUGCUCAAACAGCAGCUGGACAGAAACCUGGAUGAGGAUUGCACACCAAUGGGAGAACGUGGUUCAUAUGGGGCAUCAUUCAAGAUUACCUGUACCAAAUAUGGAUACACUAUUGUUGGUAAAGGAACAACAUCAAGGCUAUGGAAAGAGGUGUCUCGGGAGGCUGAUGUCUACCGUGUUCUUCAGCCUCUGCAGGGAUCAGCAGUUCCUGUGUUUCUAGGCAAGAUAGACUUGGGUCUAGUAUACUUCCUUCAUGGCACGGGAGACAUUCGACACAUGCUCCUCAUGGGCUGGGGUGGCAAGACUGUUCAGAAUAAGCAAGAUGAAACCAUUCGAUCUGCUAUCUCUCGAUCUGUACGUGAAAUCCAUUCGCUUGGCGUCCAGCAUGGCGACCUUCGGCCACGAAAUAUACUCUGGAAUGAGGAGCUGAACCGGGCUCUGAUCAUUGACUUCCACCGAAGCACUCUGUAUAACAGACAAAAGAGAUUGCAAUCCCAUAAGAGACAAUAUGACAUUGAAAAUCGCUCAUUCAAACGUGUAUGCGAGCAAGUAGAGAAUCUUGAUCCCACUGUUGCUUCUAUGAAGUUUCUCGAGAAGUUUGUCCAAGCGGCCUCAGAAGCAAAGAAAGAAUACUUCAUGACCUUAUCUGUGUUAUAG